ACUGAAGCCGGCCUCUACCACUCUUCACAACACUACUCAAAGCCUUUUACUUUCUCCACACCUCUCUUUACGCUUAGAUAUGUCUUCGAAGAUCUACCCUUCUGAGAUUCAAGUGAAGGAUGGCGAGGAACAGACGAAGAAGCUCGUUAAAGCAUGGACUGUAUGGAAGAAGUCUAGCAUGUCUUUCGUAGGAUCUGAUGGCUUCUCUGUAUAUGAUGAAGAUGGCAAGCUAGCCUUUCGGGUGGACAACUAUUCCAGGAAGAACAAGUUUCUUAUUGGAGAGCUUUUGCUUAUGGAUCCAAUUGGAAGGCCACUUCUGUCUCUCAGACCUCAGAUUAUGAGCAUGUAUGACCAAUGGAAAGGAUACAGAGGAUCAGAUGGAAGCAACUCCAAAACAAAAUUCAAAUCCCACCUCUUCACCAUGAGAAGGCGUUCUUUCGUUCGCAACAACGAUGACAUCGUUGAGGUCAUCAUGUCAGCAGGCGGCGGCGACUGCGCCGCCAUGGCUGCAGACUUUACAAUAGAAGGAAACUUCAAGAAGAGAAGCUGCAAAAUUCGUGCAAGGGGAGGACAAGUGUUGGCUUUAAUGACACCGAAGCAGGUCAGCCCGUCAAUGGUGCUGGGCAAAGAUGUCUUCAGCCUCUUCAUAGAGGAAGAUGCCUGUCCUGAGCUGAUAAUGGCGCUCAUCGUUAUCAUGGAUCGUAUUUGCUAGAUGUAUAUAUAUGCCCAGAACAUCUCAGUGCUACGCGGACAGAUCUGGCCGAACAACGAACAGCGCCCCCAAUCUUUCAUUAAUCAUGGCCUCAAUCGUGCAGUUUGAGAACAAGUGACGGUAACAUUGAAGACGGUCCAGCUUAGCGAUGGACUAAUUUUAUGAGAGAGAGAGAGAGAGAGAGAGAGAGAGAGAGAGAGAGAGAGUGAGGAGGAGGAAGUGGAUUUUGCCUUCACUUUCAAUAUGCAAAGAGAGGAAUUCCCAUUGGUCACUUCAUUGGGCAGCUAAUUCUUUUUUCGUUUCUUUAAGUUAUAAUGUAAAUUGAAACAACUCUAAAUAAGAUGACUUUGCAUAUAAAAAAUGUAAGUGAACUAUGAGAAUGUUCUCAAAAAAUUAUUUUUUGCAAUAA